AUUUCGGUUCCUACUGGGAAAGGAGCUUUUUCCGAUCCAAAACAAAAACAGCUCCGUCACUGGCUUCUCUUCUCACUCUCUAAUAAUUUUUCCUCUGCUGCCACAAUAUGCUGCUGAAACCAUGUUUAAUCUACAUCAUCGGGGCGUCCUCUUUGCUAAUGCUGAUCGUGGGGAUAUCUUUAGUUUUAUCCAACGCGUUUCCAAAUUUCCUACAGUCGAAGGUUAAAACGGAAGUAGUCUUGAGAAAUGGAACAGAGGCCUUUGAGGUUUGGGUUGAUCCUCCUGCUCCGAUCUACAUGCAGUUUUACUUCUUCAAUCUGACGAACCCAGCUGAGGUCAUGAGUGGGGAAAGACCAGCUGUGACUGAGAUUGGACCUUACACAUACAGAGAAUAUCGGCCCAUGGAGGACGUGGUCUUCCAGGAAAACGGCACAAGAGUUGCAUCAGUCAAUCCUAAAACGUACAUUUUUGAGCGCAACAUGUCCCGAGGUCCUGAAAGUGACCUCAUCAGGACGGUUAACAUCCCUGCUUUGACAGUAAUGGAAAGAUUUAAGGACAGUGCGUUAGUAGCCAAUCUGAUCUCCGCCUACAUGCGAUCCGCUGGUAUCGGCCUGUUCACCACCCACACUGUGGGAGAGCUACUAUGGGGAUAUGAAGACGGCCUUCUCAAAGCUCUCAAAAUGUUUUCUCCUGAGCUGGACGACUUUUUUGGACUUUUCUAUAAGACGAAUGCUUCAAAUGAUGGAGAAUAUACUUUCUUUACUGGUCAGCAAAACUACCAGGACUUUGCUAGAGUGGACACAUGGAAUGGGAAAAGCUCUUUGGAUUGGUGGACGUCUGACGAGUGCAAUAUGAUAAAUGGAACCAACGGAGCCUCUUUCCACCCAAUCAUCAGUAAGAAUGAAGUCCUCCACAUGUUCUCCUCUGACCUGUGCAGGUCGUUGUAUGCCAUAUACACCAAUGACGUGACUGUGAAGAAUAUCCCUGGCUAUCGCUUCGUUCCCCCCUUCGAAGUUUUCGCCAAUAUGACUGUGAACCCGGCCAACGCAGGCUUCUGUGUUCCUUCUGGAAACUGCCUCGGCUCAGGCCUGCUCAAUGUCAGCAUGUGUAAACAAGGGGCUCCCAUCAUCAUGUCCUCACCGCACUUCUACCAGGCUGAUGAGAAAUUUGUGCAGGAUGUGUUUGGGAUGAGGCCCAAUAAGGACGAGCAUCAGACUGCCAUCGAUAUCAAUCCACUGACGGGAAUCAUCCUACAGGCAGCCAAACGUGUCCAGAUCAAUGUCUAUGUGGAGAAAAUUGCACGCUUCAGUGAAACAGGAAAUGUGAGGACAGUGGUUUUCCCUGUGGUGUAUCUCAACGAGAGCGCUCUUAUUGACGAUGCAUCAGCCAAGAAGCUGCAGAGUGUUAAUAUCCAGAAGAACGUGGUGGAGAAUAUUCCAUUUCUUGUGAUUGCUCUUGGCAUCAUCCUGGGAGGAAUCUUUAUGUUGCUGAUGUGUCGACAGAAAGUCCCAGAGAGCACUGAAGCAGAACGUCAGCCCCUGAUCUCAUCGUAGCACCAAGCAGAACUUAUGAGGGCGAUCAUGGUGUUACUGGCAUAACGUUAGAAUAAAAUAAUCUGACAUCUAGACUCCUAACCUUUAGGCAGCCACUCAUAACCAGAAUCUCAUCUUUUCAAUAUCUAAAUGCUUUCAGGAAUUUUGUGUGUUUAUAACAAGCACUUAAGUUGUUUGUUUUCAUGCUGUAAUGUUGCUUAAACUGCUCUCUUUUCAAUUAAAUCUUAUUUUUCUAACCACUAAUUAUGGGGUUGCAAAUGAAACUAAGCAGAACUGAGCAGUAUUAAACCUAAUUAUUAUUCUUCAUUGCAAAUAAAUGCAAUGGGUAGUUGCAUUUAUUUGUAAUGUAUAUUUAUAUCUCCACAAAUAUACAUUGCUAUAUUUGUGCAUAAAUAUGCUAUAAAUGGUACCUGAAAGUGUUUGCUACUUUCAUGUAUCGACAAAUCAGCUGCCUCCUAUGAGAUGCCGAUUUCAGAAAAAAAAAUGUUUUAUGGUUUUGUGUUAACUACAAACAUGUGCAAAUAUACUGACCACUGAAAGGUUAAAGUAAUGAGUAUGUUUUUGUAAAUGAAAGGUGUUUUAUUAAAAAAAGGCUUCAAAAGUCAUUUGUUGUUUAUUCAACGACAAUGCUCAAAUUUGUUAGUUUCUUAAAGAGUUAUCAUUAUAGGGAUUUACUUGCUUUAAAACGAUGCGUGAAAUAAACCCCAAACAGUACUGCUUCUCGAGGAUAAAGGGAUGGUUUUUAUCUGCUGCGAAUGUGUUGGCAUGGAAAGGUUAAAAGGUUUUUUAUCCUGCUCAAUUCAACACUGUGUAUUGAUUUUAUUUUAUGAUGCUUCUUGGGGAUUUUGCUAAAAGGAGUGUACAAAAGGUUUUAUGGAAGUGUUAUAUCUGAUGUAUUUUUAAGUUUGUUUUCUAUUUGAAAUGUUAAGUUGCUUGAGAAUUGCUGUAGUCCUGCAGGGCUGAGACUUUCAAAGUUGCUUAUUUGUUUAAAAAAUUGGUUGAUUCUAUUCAACAUCAUAAAAUUAUUGUGAAAUUUCUUUAAUAUAAAUGUCACCAUUUACUAACAGUUGAUGUUGGUGUUUUGUGCUGUUUAUGUAAGAGACUGUUUGCACUACUACUUAGCAGUCUAAACAUAAUAUGUAAUCACUGAUUAAAUUCACAGAACAGGCCGUAUGUGUUAUUGGCAUCUUGUCUUGUUAUUCGUCAUGACCAAUAAACUGAUUCAAAUAUCGUCA